AUGGUGCCCAUGCACAGCCCUACCGUCUCCAGCUCGAGCUCGAUAGCGAAUUCAAGCUCGACCUCGCAGACGACUCUCGUCCAGGAUCCUUCUCACCUCGCUGUCGGAGUCGGGGUCGGGGUCGCGGACGCGGAUCGUGAGCGCCGUGCCUACGAUGGUCGUGAUGGCUUCGGCUCCUCCUUCUUCGACUCCGACUUCUCCUCCGGCUCCUGUUUCGACUUCGACUUCUUCUCCUGCUUCUACUCCUACUCCCGCUGGAAAACCCCCCUUCCAACCUCACCGGCGGCGGCGAAUACCCGCCCCGAAACCCGGGUUGCUCGCCAAAUAGCCCUCGGCCGGUUCCUGGCCGUGGCGGAGAGUGAAGACGAAGACGAAGGGGAAGACCAAGGUGCUCACGCGCGACAGACUCCUCGGGUCGGAUUCGGACAGUUGACCAUAACCGCGACCGCGACCGCGACCGAGUCCGCUCGCGCUCAUAAGAUCGCCGACGCAGGGGGUUCUCUUCGUAAAAUGAUGGGUCUAGAGGGAGGAGGAGAUGACGACCGCGACAACGGAAGUAGUGCGAGGGACGGAAGCGGUGCGAGCGACGUCGGACGUGAUGGCGGGCGUAACCGCGAGGGUGACCUUGACGGUGACGGCGACGGCGACCGCGGACGACGACGACCACGCGUGCGCACUAUGAUUUCUUCCUCCUCGCGGACGUGUCGGCGUCCGUGGGGUAAAUGGACCGUGGUUCUGGUCGAUUUCCAGGAAGAUUCAGAACUGCAGGUGGAUAUCGAGGACUGCGAACUCUUCGUCUUCAGAGACAGAGGUGGCGCCAGUGGUGUCCCGGCUGCUCCAGUUGUUGCAGAGACAGAGGUCAUGGACGUGCAGCUUGGGUGA